AUGCAAUCCCAAUGUGGUAGUUACCAAUUUGUAGGAACUAGGGAAGAAAGAAAAAUGGAUGAAAAGAAAAGUACACAACGAUCAUCCUUUUUCACUAAAAAAACUGCUAUACUCUUCUUUGUUGCUGCGUAUAUUUUCUUAAAGCACCAGGAUGAUGCUCCAAGACAGGGUGUGAGUACUUCAUUACAAGUACGUAAUCAGGUAGGUAGAAUUUUAAGGACAAAUGAAGAAAACGCUCCAAUGGAGGAGGAGGAAUUAGGAGGGGAAGUUUAUGAGGACGACGAGGAAAUCCAUAGACACACCCAACACGCCUAUGAGGAACCUUACGGAAAUUAUGAGAACCCUGGUGAAGGUUAUGAAGACCCACGCGUAUAUUAUGAGCUCCCUUAUGGAAAUUAUGAGAACCCUGGGGAGGUAAUAUAUUAUUAUGAUGAACAAGAAGGAGAAUAUGAAUAUGAAAGAAGAAAAGGUUUGAAUAGAGGAAUGAAACAAGGGGGAGUAUAUCCUGAGGAUGAGUGGGGAGUAGGACAUUAUCAUGGUGCAGAAGAUUCUUAUGAAGAUGAUUCUUAUGAUGAUGAUUCUUAUGAAGAUGAUUCCUAUGAAGAUGAUGCCUAUGAAGAAGAAGAAGAACCAGUACAUGAGAAAAUACAAAUAAGAAUACCAAGGGACGAAUUAGUCGAUGAAAAUACUCCUAUUUUUGACUUGCAACACAAGUACCUUUCGAUGGCACCUAAAGGAGAAAAAGAAAAGGCACUAUACCCAUUGAAACCAGAAGAUUUACAAACGGAAGUUUCAAAAUUCACAGAUUGGAACGCAUUUAAGAAAACCUUUGAAGAGGAUUGGGAAACGUUAGAAGUGAAAUUACGUGAAUCAAGUAAAUGGUUAAUGCAAAAGAAAAAUAAUGAAUGGUCUAACUGGAUUCAGUUAGUUAAAAAUAAAUGGUCAGUACAUGGUAAAGUUCCAAAUGAAGAAGAACUGGAUGAAUCUGUGGUAGAACCAGAUUCGAGCAACGGGACAUGGGAUUCAUGUUUUAAAACACAAGUAUAUCCCACAAUUAACGCACAAUUGAAAAACUGGUUCGACGACACUUAUUCUUAUUUAUUUAAACUUCUUCUUAAAGGUUUAGUUGAAAUUGAAGACAAGAAAAUGAAAGGAUGGUUAAUGUACCACUGGAAAAUGAACGAAGAGGAUGAUGAUUAUAAAACGUUUGGAGAUAUGCCAACAGCGAAAUUUUUAAAUUUAGUUCAGUCUCAAGAGUGGUACCUUGACAAUCCUCAUAUAGAUAAACAAAGAAGAGAACUCAUGUUAUGGUUCUUCCAUAAAAUAAACGACUAUUUAGGAAAAGAAUGGGAAAACUGGAAUUAUUGGAAGAAUGAAAAAAUGCACGAGGUUAAAUUAUUGUGUGAAAAAUUCGCCAAAGGAUGCCUAAACGAGGAAGAAUGGAAUAAAUUUCUCAGUGAAAUAAAAUUUUGA